GUGAAGCGGAGGCGUCACCGCGUUUCGUCUCGCUGUCUUGUUUGUCCCUCUGCGCACUCCUUACGUGUCAAUGUGGCUGUGUUGUUCUCAUGAUGUGUGCACUCCACAUCAAACUCUUAGUUAAUAAAAAGAAAGAAUAAUUAUGGGAGAUGAGCAUCCACUUCAGGGUAACAACACUAGCAGCUCCCGCGGUACUUUCUGCAACGCAGUGCCCGAUGAUUAUCAAUGUGAUGUGAUUCUUAAGGUGAAAAGAGCCACAGGGACAUUUUCACUAGUGGCAUGCCUUUUCAUGCUGUUUGCAAUAUGGCUGUUCCGCCGAUAUAACUCUUUGGCUCAGAAAAUGAUAUUCAAUCUGACAGUAGCUGCAGCUUUUGACAGUGUUGCUUAUGUUAUGGGAGAGUCUCAUGCAGAGGGGUCUCUGUGUAAUUUUCAAGCCUGGUGGCUCACAUAUUUUGACUGGACCGCACUGAUGUGGGUUUGUCUUAUUACAUUUAAUCUGUACCUGAACCUGGUGAGAGAAAUCAGAACUGAACCUUAUGAAAUACCGUAUCAUUUGGUGGCAUGGGGGGUUCCUCUGCUCAUGUCCACCCUCCCCCUGAUGGCUGGAUACUACGGCCCCGCUGGAGCCUGGUGUUGGAUCACAGAUAAUCAUGUCGGGUGGAGGUUUGGCAUAUGGUACAUUCCUCUGUUUAGCCUGAUUAUCCUCAUGACCUGCUGUUAUGCUCGAAUCAUCUGUGUGGCCAACGAGAGGAUGCGUUCCUGGUUAGGCACCUUUAACCCAGAAAGAGAGAGGAGGAAGAUCUCUCUAGCUGAAGAGAUCAGACCGUUGAAGUGGUAUCCCUCUGUCUAUCUGCUCGUCUCUAUCUUCCCUCUCAUAAAUCGACUUCAUAAUGCUGCUUACCCAGAGGGCCCUGUGUUUUCUCUGACGUUAUUGCAUGUGCUCAGUGCACCCUUGCAUGGGCUUGCAAAUGCUCUUGUCUUCGGUAAGGACACCUGGAGUCAGCUGAGUACAACAGGAAUAAAGAUGGCUGUCCAGUCUCGGCUAUGUGACAGCACAAUGAUUGGAGAGUACCAUGCUGCAAAUGUAAGAUACACACAUGACCUCGAUACACACUCCGAUUCCGAUGAUGAGGACAACAACAUCCUAUUUUACAGCCCGGACAUGAUCUUAAAAGAUAGGGGACCCUGGGAGAAUGUUUAGAAAGUGUAUGUGUGUAUGUGUGUGUGUGUGUGU